UUGUGUCACCGACAGAGCACACAAACCUCCAGAAACCAUUAAAAGCAGGAUUCCUCCAUUAAACCGUCACUGCCCCAAGAUCUUAUUGGAGUUGAGAUUUACGUGAAAGUCUCUCUCAAUUCUCUCAUCUAAAACCUAAUUCAAGUUCAGGUGCGAUUUUAGUUCUAUAGAACUGAAAACAAAUCAUCAUGUUUGGACGUGCUCCAAAGAAAAGCAAUGACCUCAAGUUUUAUGAAAUUCUUGGUGUUCCCAUAAGUGCGAGUCAAGAUGAACUCAAGAAGGCCUAUAAAAAGGCUGCCAUAAAGAAUCAUCCUGACAAAGGGGGAGAUCCUGAAAAGUUCAAGGAGUUGGCUCAUGCAUAUGAAAUUUUAAGUGAUCCUGAAAAGAGAGAGAUUUAUGAUGAAUAUGGUGAAGAUGCCGUCAAGGAAGGAAUGGGAGGAGGCAGUCACUCAUAUGAUCCAUUCAACAUAUUUGAAUCUUUUUUCGGUGGUGGAUUUGGUGGAGGUUUCGGCGGUGGCAGAAGUUCUAGGAGCAGAAAGAGACAGGGUGAAGACGUAGUGCAUCCAUUAAGGGUUUCUCUAGAGGACUUGUACAAUGGUACAACCAGAAAACUCUCUAUUUCCCGGAAUGCAUUGUGCAACAAGUGUAAAGGGAAAGGUUCAAAGAGUGGGACCUCUGCGAGAUGUCAUGGUUGCCAGGGUACUGGAACAAGGACGACCAGUCGGCCAAUAGGACCUGGAAUGGUCCAACGAAUACAACAUAUCUGCUCUGAUUGCCGAGGAUCAGGAGAACUCAUUAGUGAAAGAGAUCGAUGCUCCCAGUGCAAAGGUAAGAAGGUUGCACAGGAAAAUAAAGUAUUAGAAGUUCACGUUGAGAAAGGGAUGCAGCAAAAUCAAAAGAUUGUGUUCUCAGGGCAGGCUGAUGAAGCUCCUGAUACUAUCACUGGAGACAUUGUCUUCGUGCUGCAACAGAGAGAACACCCCAAGUUCAAAAGGAAGAGUGAUGAUCUUUAUGUCGAACACAAUCUUAGUUUACGAGAAGCACUUUGUGGUUUUCAGUUCAUCCUUACUCAUCUCGACGGGAGGAAACUAGUAAUCAAAUCAAACCCUGGCGAAGUCUUUAAGCCAGAUUGUUACAAGGCGAUAAACGAUGAAGGAAUGCCACACUACCAGAGACCAUUCAUGAAAGGGCAGCUAUAUAUCCAUUUCAAUGUCGAGUUCCCUGAUUCUGGGUUCCUUUCUCCCGAGAAGUUGAGAAUUCUGACAACAGUGCUACCGGUGAAGUCAGAUAAGCGUUUGCCCGAUAAAUUACUGGCUAAAUGCGAGGAAACCACUUUGCUUGAUGUCAACAUGGAAGAAGAGAUGAGGCAGAAGGAGCAACAAAGACAACGCGAGGCAUACGAUGAAGACGACGAUGACCCACCCGUGCAUCAAGUAGCAUGUAACCAGCAGUAGGGUAUAGAGAAUCAUUUCUGCAUCAUGUUUGCUAAAUAUACUAUCAUCCCGGCUUUUGUGAAAUAAAUAGCUUUCUUCACGAGGUCGGCUUGCUUAUGGGAGUACGAUACGUAAGACUUUGAUUUAGUUGAUUUUAUUUAUGGACCUGAUAUUGGUGGCUGAAGGGAGCUAGUACUUAUCUUGGAGAGGUCUCUUAUGGUGGUUUUCUCUUGGCUUGUUUCUUCAA